AUGGCGUUUCAGGCUGUCCCUGUCCUCACUGCAGUCCUGUCCCUGCAGGAUCCUUUAACCACAGUCCGGGAGCACUGUGAGCAGACGGAAAAAUGCGUGAAGGCCCGGGAGCGGCUGGAGCAGUGCGACGCGCGGGUGUCCUCCAGGUCCCAGACAGAAGAGCAGUGCACAGAGGAGCUUUUUGACUUCCUGCAUGCCAGGGACCACUGCGUUGCUCACAAACUCUUUAAGAACCUGAAGUGA